AUGUUGCUCCAACACAAAACCGCGUUGAACGCUAAGCGCAUUGUGCUUGCUUCUGGAAGCCCUCAAAGGAAAGAUUUGCUGACAAACAUGGGUGUGAAAUUCGAGGUCAUCGCUUCUCGGUUCGAUGAGAAGCUUCCAAAGGACCGCUUUCCCUCCGGAGCCGAGUACGCUUUGGAGACCGCCCGGCAUAAGGCCCUGGACGUGGCGGCCAUGGGGAAACAGAUGCAGAACCCGCCACUUGUGGAUCUCAUCAUAUCCGCGGAUACGGUCGUGGAGGCCGACGGGGAAAUUUUGGAGAAGCCGGACGAUGAGGAGCAUGCGGUCCGACUGAUAUCCAGUCUGAGCGGGAGAGACCACCAAGUACACACGGGGGUUUCGCUCGUCCUGCCGGGAGAGCCAGAUCCCGCCACUGGCCAGCCCCCCUUCAUUCGAAGCUUCUUCGUGACCACGGAUGUGACCUUCGCGCAGCUUUCCUCCGAAACCAUUCAGGCGUAUGUGGCGUCAGGCGAGCCCUUUGGCAAGGCCGGGGCGUACGGCAUUCAGGGUCUAGCCGGCUCGUUCGUUGUGGGACUUCGAGGUUGUUUCUACAACGUGGUGGGUUUUCCCGUACACAGGUGCGUGUGCGUGGGGGUGGAGGGGGGUCACCGGGAGAACAGAAGCUGA